AUGUUUAGGGACGUGUCUAGCUGCAACACCUACAACUACGGCGAUGCUCUGUAUUGGGACGCGCGCUACAUCCAAGAGGGUGGUUCCUUCGAUUGGUACCAGCGUUACUCUGCUCUCCGACCUUUUGUUCGCAAUUUCAUCCCUCUUUCUUCCAGGAUUCUCAUGGUUGGUUGCGGCAAUGCUGUUAUGUCUGAGGAUAUGGUCAAAGAUGGUUAUGAGCACAUCACGAAUAUUGAUAUUUCAUCAGUUGCGAUUGAGAUGAUGAGAAGAAAAUAUGAGUACAUCCCUCAGCUAAAAUAUUUGCAGAUGGAUGUCAGGGAUAUGAGCCUUUUUCCGGAUGAAUCUUUUGAUGGUGUUAUUGAUAAAGGAACUCUCGAUUCAUUGAUGUGUGGUACAGAUGCUCCAAUUAGUGCUUCUCAGAUGCUUGCAGAAGUGUGUAGACUUCUAAAACCUGGAGGGACUUAUAUUUUGAUCACAUAUGGUGAUCCAACAGUAAGGAUGCCUCAUCUAAGCAGACCUGUGUUCAAUUGGAAAAUUACGUUGUAUAAUAUCCCAAGACCAGGAUUUCAAAAGCCCGAAAGUAGUACACCAUCGAGAAAAUCAUACUUAGAGCCCAUCCCUCUUUCUGAAAAGGGCGUGCUCCCAACAGAUUUUGUUCUGGAAGAUCCAGAUUCUCACUAUAUAUAUGUUUGUAAAAAGAUAAAUGAUAUAGAAAUAGACAGUAUACCCACGUAUCAAUUAACAGCUGAUGUUUUAUAG